AUCACCCGGCUCCUUGCGCUUGGUCACUUCCGUCAACACACUCGUCGAGCAACAAAACAAAAACAACAAAAGUCAUGUCGCAGCCGCCAGCAUACUCGCAGUACCCCCAGCAAGGCUACCCAAGCUACCCGCAGCAGGGCGGCGGCUACCCUCAACAGGGCUACCCGAGCUAUCCUCAGCAGGCGCAGCAGGGCUACCCGCCACAACAAGGCUAUCCCCCGCACCAGAACAGCUACGGCGGCCAGCCACAGCCCGGGUACGGCUACGGGUACCAGCAGCCCGGCUACCCGACCACCACAAACUCAACCACCUACGUCGUGCAGCAGCCACAGCCACAGCAGCAGGUCGUCUAUGUCACUGACAAUGGCGCCGCGCAACGCCAACGCGAGGAGGACUGCUGCCUCAUGAGCAUGUGCGCCCUCUUGUGCUGCUGCUGCGCGUUCAACUAAAGAGGCGUCCAUUCGUCCGUCCGUCUGUCUGUCUGUCUGUCUGAGCGUUGAUGUUCAGUUGUGCACUGUUUUUGUUGCUUGGUUUAUUGGAUAGGUUGCGUGUUCAUGUUGUAUUGUUCGUAUGCCGGUCAUGUUUUCCUUGCUUUUGGGUGGCCCUCUGCUGCUCUCGUUCGUUUCAUCCUAUUGUUUGCUCUGUUUGUUAAUGCAAUUCGAUUUUUCUUUUUUUUU